AUGCAAAUACAAGAAAUACAGAACCAAAUGGCACAGUUUUAUCAAGAGGCUCAGACGCAGAAGCAAUUGGAAGAAACGCAAGCGCAACUGGCAAACACACAGGCAAAGUUGGCAGCCUCCCACAAACAAUGUAAACAAAUGCUGGAGGAAUUACGCCAGAUGCAAAAUCAGCAUGCUGUCACGCAGUCUCAACUGGCGGCGGUCCUCGACAAAUUAAAUGACAGGGAACCACAGAGUGUUCCUGAUGCAUUUCACACAACCGAAGAAAAGGAUCCCCCACAAAAAGGGAGAGAUUUAUCAAGCUGGGCAUGGAGGCCGGAACCGGCUGUACCGAAUACGGAGGAACGCCCGAAGUUGAGCACUCGGGGGAUACAGGAAUUACGACAGCCAACGUGGUCCGAAUUAUGCAGGCCCGAAGAAAAAAUACGGACCUUUGAAGGGAUGAUGGAAUAUCUGGGGGAGACAUCGCCCAGCCAACUAAUAGAUGCUUUUCAGUAA